AUAUCCGGGUCGGGUUAUUCCGUCGGACCUUGUUUCUUAUCUAGACUUUGAUGAAGAACACAACACAAUGACAGAGAAGGUUUGAGUUUCCUCUCUCUCUCCGAUAAAUUAGCUGUUGAAGAUGAUGUCAUCAAUGGCUACACAGCCUACAGUGAAUUGGGUUCCUGCGUUUUCUUCUCAAAACCAAUUUUUUUCACCCAAAAUUGUCUCCUUUACAAAGGGGCAGUCUUAUUCUCAACGUUCUAAUGUCUCAGCAAUCGUACCCAGAAGAAAUCUUGGCGUUUUUGCUACUUCAGCUGCGGCUGCCGUAAAUUUAGCCGAAGAAACAUCGACCCAUGAUUCUAUUUCCUCGGAUUCUCUUCAAAAAGAGAAGCUCGGAGUGGUGGUCAAGCCACUGGAGAAACCUAGGCUAGUGUUGAAGUUUAUUUGGAUGGAGAAGAACAUCGGAAUUUCACUAGACCAGGUAAUUCCUGGUCAUGGCACGAUUCCGUUGAGCCCCUAUUAUUUUUGGCCUAGAAAAGAUGCUUGGGAGGAACUUAAAGUCAUGCUCGAGAGUAAACCAUGGAUAUCCCAGAAACAGUCGAUUAUUCUUCUUAAUCAGGCCACGGAUAUCAUCAAUUUGUGGCAAGAGAGUGGUGGUAAUUUAGCCUAAGCCUUCAUAGAGCAAGAUUUAUCAUGCCGCCACUGUUCAUCAUUUAUUUUUAGCUAUCAUGCCUAUUAUGUUGCACAUGUUGUAACUUCUUUCACUUGAAAGGUCAGUCAAACUUAUUCAAUUUGUUUGUUUUGAUUUUCCUCUGUUUUCUUUUUAGUUUUUGGAUCAUAUUGUAAACUAUGUAUCUUAUAAUAUUAGCCUUGGUUCUUCAUGAA